UGUACCUUGCUCUGAGAUAAGAAAAUAUCAAGACAUGGAAUAUAGCAGUUUAUUUGUGAAGACUGUUGACAUACCAAAUUCUGUCAACCUAUUGACACUUGAGCAGUGGAUGAAACAGCUUAACAUACCACAGCUUUGCGAUGAUCAAGACAACCACAGUUAUCAAUAUUCUGAUAAAUUUUCCGGUGAACAAUUUUGGAUUAACCUUAUAAGGAAUGGGAACAACGAUGACAUAGAUUCGUUUAGUAACAAUAUGUUAAUAGAUAUCAAGAUGAAUGCCAGGAAUUUUGAAAUCAACGACGGAGAAUGUUGGGCUUUCAAAAGUGGAUCGCAUGCCUAUGUUUCCGCAAAGGCGAAAAUAUAUGACAUAGACAACAUGUGCUUUAAGUUAUGUAACGAUGACGGAAGUGACGAAUUGAUUACUGAUCAUAACAUUGUUUUGAAUUGUGGUUCGCUAAAUAUGAUUUUUUACCAUAUCCCAAACAUGGUAAUAGACAAUCUUCAAACUGGUCCAACAAUUGUUCACAUAGACACAGGUAAAGUAUAUAAAUACCGCGCUGGGGUUGUUCAAAGUCAAGACGAUAAACAUAUAAUAGUCCAGACCAGCAUCCAACAUUUACCUGAUGCGAGCAAGUGUAAACUCAUAUUUGACGAUAACUCAAUAGUUUCAUGUUGUGGAAUAACGAAUCAUCAACAGAGUAACAGUUUACUGAUUAAGAUGGUUGAGAUACCAUGCUCUAUUAACGUGGUUACAGUUGACCAAUGGAUGAAACAGUUGAACAAACCACAGGUUCCUGUACAUGUGGAUGGUCAAGAACAAUCAGCAGUCGUUCAUGAUACUACAAGCAUCAAAUCAAACGAACGGGGCCCUAUGACUGGUGAGGAUCUGAGACGUAUGGAGGAAGUUAAGUUGAAACUCAUUGAUGGGAUCAGUGAUCCCCAACCUAUAUGUGACUACCUGGCCGAUGAAGGUAUACUUUUACCUGAAGAUAAACAUGCGAUAGACAUGGGAGACUCACCAAUAAAGAAAAUCAUCAAGCUGUUAAACCUCCUUAUUAAAGAAUAUAAAGGAAGUUUUCCAGUCUUUGUGAAGGGUCUGAAAGAAACACAUCAUUAUGGUUUGGCUAAACUAUUAGAAGAUGGUCCAGAAAGUGAAAACCUUGUACAAACUUUAGAGGAAGAUAUCAACCAAUCACUAUUAGUCACUGAAGAAAAGGUGGCAACUUCUAAACAACUGACAGUUAAACAUGUAGAUAAAAAGUGGUUAAACGAAGAAAGAGAGGCAGACACAAUUACAGAACAUACAUAUACUAUAAUCAAUCAGUAUGUAUACAUUGUAUUUCUAUUUAAUGUAAAUUUACCAGAUAUAUUCAGGGACAAUUGCGCACAGGCUUGUGGGACAGAACUGAUUGUUAAAUAUUUACCUAAUCUAUUAUGGCAAACAUUUUCACCAAAUUAAUUGAUUUGAUUAAGAAGAUCAGGGACAAAUUUUCAAUGUUUGUUGUUUGUUUGGCCCGUUUAUGUUUAUAACAUGCAUAUGCUGAACAGAGACUGUGUUACAGGAAAUGACCCCCACAUUAUUUCAAAUAUUAAAAGAUAGUUAUUGUUAUGUGGUGAAUUAUGAUUUGAAUAUAGUGCGACCGCCAUGAAAGGUUCCCCAAUCCUUAUUUCAAUAAGUUAUAUCAAUAAAUUUAGGAAUUUCUCGAAUAUUUUUUUGAUCUCAUUCAGUUUAUUUUUGGAUGUAUUGUAAACAAAUAUAUUGUAAUAUAUUACCGACCGUCUCAUUUCGAACAGCAAACACAAAAUAAACGGCCAAAUAAACAUAGCUUAUACGUAGCUCAAAGAUUGUCUACCACUAAAUAAGCAGCCUAUUUAGCAUUAAAAGAAUGAAAUUAUUGUAGCUGGGGUCUGGUUUCCAGAUAGAUAUUCCAUGAUAAUAUUUUUAUACACCCACAUUUUCAAAUGGACUAAUUUUGUCGUAGCUCCUAUACAUUGGGACAUCUUUUUGUCCGUUCACAUUUGUUUGUGGACACUCUGCGGGUCACAAUUGUUAUCCAAUUUUGACGAAACCUAAAAUAUAUCCCAAAGAUACGGUUAUUCGUGAUACAGGCAUGUAUCGUGCUGUAACUUCAUGCAUUAUGACUCCUGUGUGUACGCAGAACUGUGUUUUUUAGCUUGUGGUACCUCAAUAGGUCACAAUUUAUAUCUCAUUUUGCAAAAACUUACAACAUAUCUUUAUUACCCAAAGAUCUCGGUAACUUCCUGGAUUGUACGAAAAUCACGUUUUUAAUGUGUAGCCGAUCUAGAGAUCAAAUUGUUAUUUGAAUUUAAAAUCCGUUCAAACAUAUUACCGUUACACAAUAACUGAGUUCCAAUUUCUGGAAAAUCAGACAGAAUUUCCCAUCAAAAUGGAAGCUCGCCUUUUGCGUAAAUAAUCAAAAAGCAAUGAAAGGAAUCGUAUAUACAAUAAUUUUUUAAAUGAUCUCGGAUGAGAUUCGAUUUUUAGUCCAGUGCUACACUAUUUGUUCUUUAUGAUGAUAACACCUGGUUUAACUUCAUAUGAUACUUUUAUUGUUCUUCAAACAUAUCAUGUACAAAACGUCUUAUAGUUAAAGACUCCGUAAUUAGCUUGUGUUGAGGGAGCCAUGGUCCUAGCUUGGCUUGGCACCCUUGAGUGCCAACUCCCAGCUAACUUACAUGACCGAAUUCCGAUCUUAACUCACUUUCUAUCAAUUACAUCUCUGCUUAUAAUCCCUUUCUAGACAAAGGAUGAUCGAAGAGAUUAUACAGCUGGCUAUAUUGUAUCAUAGCAGACUAAAUGUUUAUUACAGAUUGCUUUACAAGACAAAACGCGUUGCAUAACAUGGGCCAGCUAUAUGUUUAUAUUAUGGUAAUGACUAAUGAGUGCCAUCUGGACAACCAUGGGUGUCAAUAGUCAACAUAAGGAUAUUUUAAUUAAUUCCGCUUUUAUGUGUCAAGAUAUGGUAUGAUAACGUAUCCAUAACAUACAAAUUGUGUAACACCAGGCAAGAUAGCAUAAUAGGUUGUGAUUUAGCCCCGAAAAUCGUUUCAUCUCGUCCCAGCAAAUUCCGGGUGAAAAUCUGACGCUUUGUUACAAAAUUCAAACGGUAGGCCGUCACUGUCGCAUACAUUUCUGUUCUGAUGCAUUGCACAAUACGUCUUGCACUCGAAUUACGUCUCGAACUAUAUUUGUCACGUGUAGCCAUAAUCAGGUGAAAAAAUUAAAUUCUAAGCCAAUCAGAAACCAUAAAAGCAAAGAUCGUCAUAGGUCAAGGGUCAAUAGCUAAAUAGACCAGGGAAUAACUUUUAUGAGACGGAACACGUUGGGUUGUUUACAUUUGUCAGAGAGAAUUUUCUGCAAAUAUGCCAGGAUUCUUGGAUAAUACCACCUGUUAAAUGUUGCAUUGACACGGUAAAGACGACUUACCCUUGAUCUGUGGCAUAAAUAUGGUCAAUAAUUGGGAAAUAGCCCCAAUGAUUGAAUAAAUCUUUUAUUUUCUGGAACAAGUAUUUCUUCAAAACUAUUUCAGUGAAACAAUAUCCAAGAGAAAUACUGAUGCUUGAAAUACUG